AAGUUUCGCCAUUUCGCGGUCGUUAGUCGGUCUAGCCGGGUGUUAGCUGCCACUAAAGUGUAUAUAGCUACUGCCAACCGCACGUACGUUUGCAGCUGCCGAGUUGAUUUAUAACGAAUAUAUUAUAUAAAUUUUAAUCGAUAAGCAGAGAAGUGGAUAAAAGGCUGUGGUACUUAAGUGAUUACUUGAAAGAAUAAAAAUAAAAAUAAAUAAAUAAAGUGAACAUCAAAGAGCAGACGGAUUUUAUUGGAAAAACACCGCACAAGCAUACAAAGCAUAAUGACAGAGCCAGCGCCACGUGAGUACGAGGACAUACGCAUUGCCGUACCGUGGGGUCAUCUAGCGGGACGUUGGUAUGGCGAUCGUAAUACUCGGCCGAUACUCGCCUUACAUGGUUGGCUCGAUAAUCUUGGUACGUGGGAUACACUGCUACCGCUGCUGCCACAACACAUUGGCAUAUUAUGUAUUGAUCUCACCGGACACGGUUACUCUUCGAAAUUUCCCAAAGGCUUGCCCUAUCACGCGCUUGACUAUGUGAAUUUGAUCAUACGCGUCAUGAAAGAGUAUAAAUGGCAAAAGGUCUCCUUACUAACGCAUUCCCUUAGCUCACUCGUCGCCUUCACAUACACCUCAUUGUACCCCUGGACGGUGGACAUCUUAAUCGCUAUCGAUAUCUUAAUACCAGAAAAAAUUACACCAGCUUCGGUAAUCAAAGCAUUACGUACGAAUAGCGAGCGACUGCUCGUAGAAGUCGAACGCGCCGAAAAGAUGGCGAUGCAUGAACCACCGACAUAUUCGUUUGAGCAAUUAAAGCAAGUGCUAUAUGAAGGUUCACAGGGAUCAGUUGAAUUAGAUAAUUCUGAACAUUUGCUAACGCGUAACAUACAGAAAUCCCCAAAAUAUCCAGAUAAAUAUUACUUCGCGCGUGAUGCUCGUCUGAAAUAUUACGAACGCUUUAUCUCUUGGGCGCCAUUACAUUUGGAAAUGGCUAAGCGUAUCAAGAACGUGCCCUAUCUGUUAAUUAAGGGCAGUUUGUCGAAUAUGAUAAAAGAGGACUCCGAUAUUAUAAUUGAUUUGCUACGUCAGAAUAAUCCACAUUUUGAAUAUUACGAAAUCGAAGGUACACACCAUGUACACUUGAAUAAUCCCGAGGCGUGCGCCGCUGUCAUAAAUCCUUUUAUAAAUAUGCAUAGACCGGCGAUGCCCAACACUUGGUGCGUCGACGACGAUGAUGAGACGCCAAUGAAGAGUACUGAAAGUGUUGGUGAAGAAAGAAAGAAAGUCAAAGGACGUUUGUGUCGCCUUAGAAGUAAACUGUAAUGGACCAGAAUGGUCUGAGUAGGCAGAUUAAGUAUUAAGGUAAAUAAAAAGGUAUUGUGUUCAAAGUUUUCAGUGAUCCAUUUAUAAAUGCCUAAUUUAUUUUUAAUAAAAAAAGUUUAUAGUUUAUUUUUUAAUAAAAUAAGUUAUAAAAAAUAUUUUAAAAAUGUAUUUACAUUUCUCAUAAGUAUAGUACAAUAAAUCUCUUGCAUAUUUUUUUAAAAAUUGUGGCAAAAAAAUGUAAUAAGAUUCGUAACAAAAGCCGAGAUGGUAUAGUAAAAGUAAUAUUUGCGCAAAUAAAGUACGACUGGAGUAGAUCGUACUGCCCUGUUAUGGUCUUUGAUGCUAAGUUUCUACUCUUGCCUGCUUGCUUUAUACAUCAGCGCCUAAAUGUAGGCAACAUUUUUUUAUCACUCUAUUACCGCAAGAGCUCCAGACUUUAAAGAAAGCCCUACCAAAAAAUUUAAUCUACUAGAGUUCUAUCUACGAGAAUCCAAGUGAAAUCCGAUGUAAGAUUGCUGAUAUUUCUCUCCCUAUUCCUCUCAGGAUCUGUAAAAAUAGUGGGCUUAAAGAAAAAUAUUUUUUUUUUAACAUAUUUGGUUCUUCAAACAUGUCCAACAAGACAAAUAGAGAUGUCAAACAUAUGUCAUUCUUAAGUACGUCUUUUGGAUGAUAAAUUUCUAAAAACGUUAGGUUAGGUUAUAAUGUCUGGCUGUCAGCCAUACACAGAA